AUGUCAGAACUUGAGGAAAUUGAAUCUCGUGUACUGAAUAAAUCAAAAAAAAUUGCAUCAAUCGUUGAUCCCGAAGAGUGGAAUCUUCCAAACUGUUCAGCUACAGAAACUUAUUUUGAACAACCUAAAACCAUCCUACUUGCAAUUGCAAGCGGAAUCGAACUCCUCAUAUUUUUAUUGACGUUCUUACAAUGGUAUCAAAUUUGGAAAAAAGUAUCAAGCGAACAUCGGCAAGAUAGAUUAUAUUAUUUGAUCUCAUUGUUUCCGGUAGCAUCGUCAUGCAGUUACAUUGGCAUGCUGGCUCCUCGGACAGCAUUGGUGCUGAACUCAGUGGGAGUUCUAUACGCGUUGAUGUGUUUAGCGGUUUUGAUCUCUCUCGUCAGACAUCUGUUCGGAAGUCGUGAAGCAUGUUCUACAGCAUUAACCUAUGAUCAGAAACAAAUAAACAUUCAGAGUCCACCGUGCUGUUGCUGUUGCAAAUUUUUACCGGAAUUCGCAAGCACCGAAAAAAAUUUACGAAGAUUAGAAUGGUUGGUACUUCAAGCACCGAUAAUUCGAGCCGCUGUUGUGUUUUUCAAUAUUGCUGCUGUUGCUGAGCAUCGCGAACAUUCACACGUGUAUCUACAAAUUAUUGAGGUAGCAUCUAUUUCAUCAGUGUUAUUAGCAAUUUUUGGAACUCAAACAAUGGCACGACUUACCGGGGCAAAACUAGCAGAUUACGGUUUUAUGACUAUCUUUCGAGCAGUAGAUAUUACACUCGUGCUUAUUACCUCACAGCAACCACUGAUUUUUGAUGGCCUAGUACUGUUCAACGUCAUUCGUUGUGGACCUUUAUUAUCCGCUCAUGAUAAUGCAAGAUGUAACUUUAUUUUAUUGAUUGAAAAAUUACAUGUUUCAUAUUUUGAUUUUAGAGCACCGUCUAACAGGUAG